CAAAAAUAGUUUAUUAUCGAUACGGUAUAAAAUACAAAUGAUAUAAUAUGUAAAUAGAAAAACGAAAGAUAUGUGAGAAUUAAUCUUACUAUAUGCUUCAGAAUACAAACGAUAACCAAUGGAGACCGAUGUCCAUUUCAAACCCAUCGACGAGACUACGCCUUGCCCGCAACAUGCCCCAAUGGGUGAAUAAAAGUGGUUCCAGUGGUGUUCCGCCACCUCCUGUACCUCGUGAAGAGUCUUCAAAAGCAAAACAUCAAACACAGGAACCCGAUUAUGAAGUAAUUGAAUUUGGGCAAUAUUCAAAUGCACCGUUACUACAAAAUAAACAUGAGCAAGGAAAACCCAGACCAGAAAAAAAUUGCCAACUAUGCGGAUCGUCUUCGCCAACAGUUAGCGUACGCUGUGAACAAUGCAAACAAAUUUUUUGUUUGUCAUGCGACGAUAUGUAUCAUAGACAUCCAAAGAGACAGACUCAUAUACGAAGGAGAAUAGAAGAUAAAGGAUUCCAGCCCAUAAGACCACCCCUGCCCCCCAAAGGAGAAAACCCCCAUGUUCCCGUGCCUCCGCCGCGUCGCCAUCGCAGAGCUGGAUCAGUCGGGCCAUCCCCAUGUCCAUCACCUACGCCAAUGAAACAGCAUGGUGCGUCCUCAUUCACAAUGCCUAGAAAGGACAACUCGUUCAGCCUUAAAGAGAAAAUGAGUAGUUUAAGAAGAGGACUUACUUUAGGUAAUAGACCUUUGCCCCCUACGCCUCCUAGUGGCAGCAGUGGCGUGCCUAGUUAUCCGACGUCAAGAUCGAACUCACAAGUGUCUCAUGAUGACUUUUCUCAAUUCCAACCCCCUAGUCCUAGUCCGUCGCUACAGCAGAGAUACCGGCAGCACCAAUUGGCAAUGAGAGGAACUACACCAAAUCUACCAUCAACUGUAGCGGAAUUUGACCAGCCGUCAAGCCUUGAUUCUGGCUAUCCAGAUUGGGAAAAAGAUCAAUGGCCAAUGCGCAAUCGCACAGGAAGCGUUUCUGGAUCAGAAACUGGAAGCCGGUUGGUUCGAAAGCUCAGUAAUACCUCCUGUCCACCACCAAAUCGUGGUGUACCUCACAGCACUUCCGUUUUCGAUUUAAACAAUGCACCCGUCCACCAUCAUCAUCAUGGGUUCAUCCCUAUGCAACAAGCUCAUUCCAUGGCACAACUGAACUACCCCGGAAUACCAUGCUGUCAAAAUGCUUGGAUGGAGCAACAGCAGUUGUGUUGUGAUCCCGCGCAUAACAGUACUAUGAGUCUUAAUAUGGCAGCAGCGGGUUAUCCAAGAAAUCCGAUGUGGAUGGGCACAUGGCACGGACCACCACCUGGAAUGUAUCCUUAUGGUCUUCCUCCCCCACAUGCCAGAUCGUGUUCACAUUCCCGUCCCGCUUCUCCAACCCACAGCGUGAAAUCCAGAAAAUCGAACAUGAGCAAAAAGUCCCGCAGAAAAUAUCGCGAUGAAACAUCAGAAGAGUCGGAUAUUGAAGAUCGACGAUCUGUUUUUAGUCAUUCUGAUAAUAGGAGCGAACGACGGUCUCUGGGACGAUAUUAUGUCCGGGAGAGACCCUUAAGAGACACCGUUUCCAUGCCCAAGGAAACCCUACGCAAAAAUUCAAGUAGCAAAGCCAGCGACAGACUCGAACGUACCUCAGUAGGUAGAAGUAGAGUGAGCGUACAAGAAUCAUCCAGCGAAGAAAGCGACGAUGAACAAUCGGACAGUCCCAAAGAUCCUCUGGAGCUCGACGAAGAAGAUGAAGUUUCUGAGGUGGAUACCGUUUCGCAACUGCCCACUUCAUCAUGGUCCUGUGAGCAUUGUACUUUUGUAAACGAACCAGGAACGCGCGUGUGCCUCGUGUGCUGCAAAACGCCUACCAGCAAGGUCAAAAUUGUAAAGAAUCCUUCCCCUCAAAGCCCCGUUUCCAAAAAACCUCCAGUAGGUCGGACCAUGGCCAGUCUUCAACCCAAACAAAAAGAGUCGAAAGAUAAGGAACGGGUAGGGCAAAACGUGAGCUCAGAUGAUUACAGUCGAGAUCACAGCGAGACCGAAUCGGCCCAGAACAAACUGGAAAAGCUAAACGUCAGCAGCUCGGGGGAAGAGAAAAAAAGUCCAGAACCCAAACCAAAAGGGGAGCUGGGAGCUGAUAUUACAGAAAAUAAUUCACUUUCUCGUGAUAAUCAUGAAAUAGAGGAAGUCGUCAAAAACAAUUCAAAAACGUCUACAGCUUGCGGGACUCCUCCGUCUCCUAAAGAAAUUUCAGAACAAUUUCAAGAUAACGUGCAGGAAAAAAAAAUGAGUACUACUAGUACUGGAACUUCGCCGCCGCCUCAAAAUAUGUCAACACAGACAUAUGAUGAACUGCCAUUUGUCGAGACACCAAAUUCCUUGUCAAAAAGUCCAAGAUCACCAAGAUCUAGAUCUGUUAGCCGUGGAAGCAAGAAAAGGGAACUAAAAAGAUCACAUUCCCUGCACACGAAUUCUUCGAAAAGAGAAUCCGACUGGUCGUUACAUAGAUCAUCCAGUCGUCAAAGCUUUACUACAGACUCCCAGAGCUUGCCAGGCAGCAGAGAACCCAGUCCUUUACCGUUCGACUACGAAGAAGCCUACUUCGAUAAUAAGCCCAAUAAUUACAGACAGCGGAAGUCCGGUAAUCCGAAGAUAUAUAGCAGCUUCAUGGAUUUAAGAAAGCCAGAAAUGUACCACCGAAGACCUAGUCAUCAAGACUACGGAUAUUACAGGCAGGUGGAUGGUUUGGAGCCUCUAAGUCACCAUCACAGAAGCGAAUCACUGCGUCCAGACUACUUUGACAACAGUUUUGAACGAAGAGAUUCGUAUAAAAACCAGGGCAUGGAACUAGUAAAGUUACUGAGAGAAGCUGAGCAAUUCAAGUUCACAGCUGAUGAAGUUCAGGCAGCUUUGCUUCAUUGCAAAGAUAUGAACCCAAUAGAUUGGUUAAAGGAACACUGGGAUGCAACUAUCGCUAGCGUUCAAACCCUGGCUACCCAAAUGGGUAGAGAAGGACCAAUGAAUAUUGUUGGCACCGUGUCAGAGAAAGAAGCUAGAGACGCUCUUAGACUUCAUAAGGGUGACCUAUGGCCAGCCGUUCAAGAAUGUGUCGAUCAAAGACAAAGAAAAUACGCAGAACUGGCUAGCCGUGGCGACUAUUCUAGAGAGGAUAUCGUGACGGUACUUACAACAAAUCAUGGUGAUUUAGAGGCUGCAUACAGCGAACUAAAUAGGACUCAAAUAAAACCAUUCCUAAUGAGGAUUUGGGGACCGCCUACCGGUGUGGAAAACGAGGCAGGUAACGAGGGGGCUACGCUGCAAAGGUUCAGGGGGGAAGAUGUGUUAAGUGACGAGGAAAAACAAUUGAAAAUAGAAGCAGAAGCGGUAAGUGACGCAUCAAUUAAAUCUAGCAAUAACUCGGAAAAGUCUUCCCCUCGAAACGUGCAUCACACCACCUCGUCCCCCCAGGAUUUAAAAAAAGCCCGACAAACCAAUAACCGUUUAGAUGACGUAGAAGAUUUAAGUAGAAGUAGAAAUAGCAACCUUGACGAUUUAGAUGCUUUAGAAACGGAGAUUUUAAAAAAAAUUCAAGAUAUUAACAACCUAAACGAUGAACUAAACGCUAAAGAACCGCUAACCCUAAACCGAUCGCCGACGAACACUAAUCAAGCUAAACCUUUGCAAAACUCUUCGAAUAUAACGAAAUCAAACCUUGAAAAUGUAACCGCCCUUAAAGAUGAUCCGGUGACUCCGGUAAUAGUAGAGCCUCAAACACCCCAAACUCCAAAAAUAUACGUUGAGAAAAGUAGCACCGUCAUUCAAGUAGUGGAUUCAGUAAAUUUUGAUUUUGGAAACAUACAGAAAAAUGAAGGUCCCGAAUCUAGUUCUUCUAGUUCUAACGAAGAAAACUUAGGAGAUGAACAGUUUGCAGAUGCCAUAGAAGAUCUUAACAACGAGCUAAUAAAUUUGAACAAUAAUAAAAAUAAUGCAAAUGAAGAUAAAACAUCAAACAAAGAUGAACGCGAAGAAAAAGGAAUCUCUCCUAAAAAUAUCUCUCAACCUUCAACAUCUCAGAAGAAGCCUGAUAGAAAAAUUAGUGUUAGUACACUGAAUAUUCAGAUAGUUGGAUCAAAUAAAAAUAAAGGUGAUUCACUUUCAAAAGCCAUCCAAAUAGAAGACGAAGAUAGACAACCAACUACUCAGGAUAAAGACGAGGUAAAAGAAAGCACUGCUCAAAUUGUUUUGAUGACAAGUAAAAAAGAAACUGAGAAUGAUAACAAACAAGUUGAAUCAAAUAGUCCUUUAGAUAUAGGACAUAAAAUAGACAAUAGUAAGUCUGAACCAACAAUUAAGAAUAAUAAUGAAUCCAGUAUCAGUCAAAAAAAUAAUAUUGAUAACAGUAUUGAAGAAAACAAACAAGAAGUGAUUAUUCAAGAAUCAGAAGGACAGGAUAUAAGUAUCACAACUGAAAAUGAUAAAAUAAAUAUUCUAGAAGAAGUUAAUGAAGAUUGUAUUAUUAAAGAAAGUAAUGAAACUAGUCAAACAACUCUUGAGAAUCAAGAAAAUAUUAGUAAGAUCUCGAAUCCCAAUAAAAACCAAUGUGAAGUGGAUCAAAAUCAAAAUUUUAUUAUAAUAAGUGACACUCAACAAAUAACACCAGCCCAAGUCGAUUUAGAAUAUCGGAAUAAUGUACAAAAAAUAACUCAGGAGAGUGAAGAUUCAGAUAAACAAAAUAUUGAUAUUAUUAAAGAAAUUUCAUCUGAAGAGACAUCAGUUUUAAAUCACAAGGCAUCUGUACAAGUAGAUCUGCAAAAAACUGUUGAAAUGGGAGAUAGUCAAAGUGGAAUGAGCAAUUCAAACAUAACAAAAGAUGAAACUAUCCUAAACCAACAAAUACCAGAAAAUUUUGAAGAUAAAAAGCUUAAACCGUCUCCAAAAAAUGAGAAAGUAUCUGAAAAAAGAAAUGUGGAUAAGGAUAAAUUGCCAACUCCUAUAAAAGAUGUGGUAAUCCAAGAAAUUGAUGCGAUUGCAUUGGAAAAUACUAUAACAGAUUGUAGACAACCAGAGGCUAAGUUUGAACCAACACAAAUUACUUCUGUAUUAGAUGAAAAUGUAAAUGUGACACAGACAAGUGAUCAAAUUAAUUCUAUUGAAAAUAUCAAAGAAAAUGAUAACAAAAUAGUUGAAAAAAAUAAUGAUUCUAAAGGGGAAUCAAAAGAAAAUAUGCCUCCAACAGGAUUAAAGUCCAAAUCCUCUACUAAAAGACGCAGGAAAUCAAGAAAGAAGUUCCAACAAAAAGAUAAGAAAAGUAAUUUGAAGAAACAAGACUCCACAAGUACUACUGAAUCUAGCAGUGAUGCACCUGAAAAAGAGCAUUCAAAAAAUGAUAAUCAAACGAACGAGGAAACGCAAAGCGAUUUAGAGUCGUCAAAAGGUGCCUUAGCUGGCCAUAAACUUGGCAGAAAAAAGCCUUUGAAAAAGAACGAUAGUCAGAAAUAUACCAAAUAUAAGAAUAUGCCAAUUAGACAAGUUCCUGAUUCGCCAAUCGAUGAAAACCCUGAAAUUGUAUUUGAAGGUGAUAAGAAUAAGGAUAAAAACAAUAUAAUUUCCACAAAUGUAACGAAAAAAAAUCAAAUAACAAAAACCGAUACAGAAAUUGGGUUGUUGACACCUAAAGAAAAAGAUAGUAAUUUUUCCAAUGACACAGAUAACGUUUUAAAUACUAAACAAAAAGAGAUUAAACCAAUUAUCUCAACUAAGAUUCAAAUGGCUCAAAACAACCAGACUACAAUAACGCCUGGUAAAAAUAGACCUUCAAAAAUUCCGGUAAUAUCAAGACAAAAUUCGAUUUCAAAAGAGCCUAAAUCGCCUACUAACACAAGCGGAAGUAAGAUUCCAAUCAAAAUGCCAAGUCCUCCAAAAAGACUGAAGAAAAAAGAAACCACAUCUGAAGAACAUCGAAGUAAAUCUGAUGAGGAAACCAAACAACAGAUUCCACUUGAAGAAAGUACUGGGAGAAAUAACAGUUAUUCUGCUUUCAAUAAAACAGAUUCUUCUAAAUAUUUUAUUAAACAAUCCCGAAGUCUAUCUCCAAAAUUAGUUGGAACUGAGAAACCAAGUACUUCAAAACCUUUCGAUCAAAGGAGAAGUCUCUCAAGAAAAUCUUCAAUUAAGUCAAACAAAAGUGACGAUAUUCGAAAUCCUUUAAAUAGAAAAAUCGCUCAUAACUCUUUUAAGAGUUCUUUCGACUCUACAACAAGUUCUAAAAAAAUGUCGUACACAAAAAGUCUCGAUUACGACAGCGAAAGCUCUGUAUCUGACAGCAAUGUUGAGGAACUCCUAGAUCCUAGUACCGAUGAAGAUAUUGAUGAUUUCGAAGACGAUUUUGAGAAUAUAGAUGAAGAAGAACUGCAUAGUAAUUCGGAGGAGUACAGAAACUUUGACGAGCAAAAAACGAAAGUAGCUCAAGAACUCAACAUAGAUCUAACUCAAAUUAGCGACAGAGUCAAUCAAUUGACUUUGAAUCUUGAUAAUAAGGCUCAGAACUUUCAAUCUAUCGAAGAGACAUGCGAAUCGGAAGAAUAUGAGUCCGAGGAAGAAAUAGAAGUUGACGAAACUGAAAGCAGCAUUGAAGAACGAGAUGGAAGUUAUAUAGAUGAUGAGUUGGGCAAUGACGGUUCUGAGGGGAAUGAGUUUAAAGUGGAGAAAAAAGAGCCCACUGAAAUUGAAGUUAUGGAGAGACAGGCAAGAAGAUUUUUAGCAGAAGGACAAGUCCAGAACUACCAGCAAGCGGAGUUAGCAGUCAGUUUGAUGUCUCUAAAAUUCUCCGCUGAAGAAGCUUUGGAGGCGGCUCGUGACUGCAAUACUCUAGACACUGCCAUAUCUUUUUUACAGCAGGACUGUGAACUGUGCGCCGGGAAAUAUCCUGUAAAUAAUAUUGUAUCUAUGUUGAAGUGUACCCAUCGUUGCUGUCAAGAUUGUGCGAAAAACUACUUUACUGUACAAAUUACAGACAGAAGUAUUAUGGAUUGUAACUGUCCGUUUUGUAAGGCUCCAGAACUAAGUUAUAACAGUUCUGCGUCAGAAGAUGAUAUCUCCGAUUAUUUUGCGCAUCUGGACAUUUUACUAAAAGGAAUCUUGGAUCCCCCAGUGCACGAAUUAUUUCAGCAAAAAUUGCGAGAUAGAACACUAAUGCAAGAUCCCAAUUUUAAAUGGUGCGCGCAGUGUUCCUCUGGAUUUAUAGCUCAUCCAAAACAAAAAAGACUGCUCUGUCCAGAUUGCAAAUCAGUUACUUGUGCGAGCUGUAGGAGACCAUGGGAAAAGCAGCAUGAGGGCAUCACUUGCGAAAAGUUUGCUGAAUGGAAAGACGCGAAUGAUCCUGAAAAUCAAGCUACAGCUGUUGCUAAGCAUCUGGCUGAAAAUGGUAUUGAUUGUCCAAAAUGCAAGUUCAGGUAUUCUUUGGCAAAAGGAGGUUGUAUGCAUUUUACAUGUAUUCAAUGCAAACAUGAAUUUUGUUAUGGCUGUGGCAAACCAUUUAUGAUGGGUGCAAAAUGUGGAAUGAGCCAGUAUUGUGCCAAAUUGGGACUACACGCGCACCAUCCUAGAAACUGUCUAUUCUAUCUAAGAGAUAAAGAACCACAUGAUUUACAGAAACUUUUGAAGGAUAACAAAAUAACAUUUGAUACAGUCCUCCCGUCAGAAAAAGAAGAUAAUGCUAGUGCAGUACUAAAAUGUCCAGUACCAUUGCAGAAAGAAGCUCCAACAGGCCUAAUAGAUACAGUUUGUAAUAACGACGUAUUACAGGGUCAAGCAGGGUUGUGCAGAAUGCAUUACAUAGAAUAUUUAUGUUUUCUUAUAAGAAGAAACAAAAUCGAAACAUUAGAAAUUCUGCAGGAGGAUGACUUAGAAACACUUGUUAGACGCGCCUCUAAAAAAUUGCCCCCAAACGCGUAUGGCACCCCUAAGAGAAUGUACAAGUUUAGACUUAAGCAGGUAUUUAAGUGGCGUGGUUUAAAGGCUAGAAUAAUUCUUUUUUGUGCGUGUUGUCAUUUUUGUUUGUUAUUUGUAAUUAACUUUUGCCUGGAUAGACAAAAUAAUACCUUUCGAUACCCUUUAAACCACACCAUUAACUUCCAACAUUCUAACUAACCAUUUCCUUUUUGUUUGUGUGUGAUAGGCAACACUAUGUGGAAUACUUAGUGGGCCUCAUUGGAAAACACAAGUUGGAUCCAAUCUUAAUUCUGGAUUUGAAUGAAGUGUAUCAGGAGUUCAGAAGAAGAGGAAAAGAAUUGCCGGAAAGAGGACCUUGGUGUGAUGACAAACAAUAUUGGGAUAUGUGUGUUAAGGUAUGUCAAAGAGAGACAUAUUAAUAUACGGGUUUAAUAACAAUGCCCACUAAGUAUUUUUUCAUGUAGUGUUGUUUUAUAAUAUUUUGUUUUGUAACUUUUCAUAUUAAAAAUUAAUUAGAUCAUCUAUACAAAUAGGUAAUUUACAUUUUUAGAUUGUUAUGGAACAAAUACCUUUGGAAUGAAACAAAUAUAUGCCUCAGAUUGAGAAAGAAGCAGCAUAUCUAUGUACUGAUGGACAAGAUUCCUAUGUAUUGAUUAGGAAAUGAUAGAAAGUUAUGAAGUACCUAAAAGAGUACAGAGGAGUGCAAUAUUUAAUAACUACCAGCAAUAUUUAAAAUAUAAAAUGUUUGUAUUAUUUAACUAAUAUCCUUCCAAUUUUCAUAGUUAAAAUAAAGUAAAAACUUUCCCUGAA